AUGGGCAUGAAAGACCACGGCUACUACGGCUGGGCCUUUAUCGGCGCCCGGCCCCUGCAGUUCGUCGCCCUCGUCACCAUCGUCGGCCUCGACGGCCACUUCAUCGCGCAGAUCGCCCAGGCCAAGCGCGCCGCCCCCGGCGAGCUCAUCGGCACCAUGGUCAUCGCCUGCAUCUCCGUCCUCUGGACCCUCCUCUCCUUCACCGCCUACGACGACUCCCACAUCCCCUACUUCGUCACCUGCGCCCUCGACGUCCUCUGCCUGGUGCCCUUCGUCGUCCUCGCCGCCCUGCUGGGCCAGCCCCUGUCCGUCACCACCUGCUCCGACCUGCCCCGGGCCUCGGCGGCCGACAGCCUCUCCUUCCUCGCCCUGCCCGUCCAGCAGCCCGGCGGCGGCGGCGGCGGCGGCAGGGGGCACGUCAGCUACGUGCUCUUCGCGGGCGCCGAGCAGACCACCUGCUACGAGCUCAUGGCCGCGUGGGGCCUGUCCAUCGCGCUGUGCUGCCUCUUCGCCAUCAGCGCCUUCGCCAUGGCCUUUCUGUUCAUCGGCAAGAGGCGUGCUGCUGCGGCGGCGGCUGCGGCGGCUGCGGGUCCGGAAGACGGGAUGGACGCGGAGCUGCGCGACUUUGCCGGCCCGCCGGGCGGCAGCAAGGAGUUCGACGACGGGAGCAGCUUCCACAGCGUCCGCGGGGAGAACUUCCACAUGGUGGCCCCUCCUCCUCCUCCUCCUCCUUCCGGACCGGCUGCGCCACCCGCGAUCCACGAACUCGGGGCGCCGCGCGCGGUAGUAGCAGCAGGAGGAGCAGAAGCAGAGAAUGAGCGCGGCUGGAGAGGAGGCGUGGCGCCCGCGGCGGCGGUAGGGGCGUACCGCCGGGAUGACUAUUCCCGCGCCCCGCCGCCGCCGCCGAGCAGCGUGUACGACGACGACAGCAACGACGCGACACGGGACACCAUACCCAUCGCGCUUUCGUCGCCGCUGUCGAGCCACCCGCCCACCGACUUGCAUCCUGCAACAACAGCAACUACUACUCCGAACGCGGCGCCCUUGGGCAGGAGCCUCACGGGCAGCAGCCGGUUCCAGGUGAACCAGACGCGGCAGCAGAUAAACAACAGCCAGGUGAACGUAAUCACGAUCAGCAACGGCGCCGAUAGACAGAGGAGGAACGACGAAGAAGGGGAGCAGCAACGGCCCGUGACGAGGGGCAAGGGCGGAGGCAGCAGCCGGUUCCGCGAGGAGCGGGACUCGGUGUGGCUGCGCCGCCUGGAGCGCAAGGACAGGAAGCCCGUGCUCGUGGUGCCGACGAGCCCCGUGGGCGGAGCGGCGGCGCUCGAGGUCGUGCCGCCGACGCCUGUGGCUGCGGCAGCCGAGAGGCCGAAGCGCAAGACCAUCUUCGAGAUCAUCGAAGGGUGGUGGGACCUCGGCCUGCUGCGCGGCGGGACGGUGAGGGGCCGCACGGCGCCGUUCCCUGGUGGGAGGACCAAGCCGGUCCGGGGCGGUAAUGACGCUGCUGGGUUUGUGUAA